GUCGCCGUCAGGGCCCCAGGGAACGCGGGGCGCCGCCGCCGCUGCAGCCGCUCGUCGGCUGGGUUCCGUCUGCAGGGCUGCGCCGGGGCCGGUGGCCGCGGUGGCAGAGCAGCGGAAGCUCCGCCGAGAGUUGGGCAGGGGAGCGCCCGCGCCUCCGCGGCGGCAUGGGCCCCCUCCCCGGGCCUCAGCGGGCACCAGCCGCGGGAACCCCCGGGCCUCCUCGCGGCCAAGCCUGAACGACCCCCAGCUUCUCCGGCGCCCCCUCCCUCCGCCUUAUUUUUUUCCUGCUCUCUCUGCCGCUACCGCUACCGCUUCAGCUCUCCGUUAUGGCAACGGAGCCGCCAUCCCCCCUCCGGCUCGAGGCUCCCGGCCCCCCAGAAAGGCGGACCCCACCGGCGAGCGAGCCCGCCCCUGAAGGCACCCCGAAGCCGGCGGGUGGCAGACUACGCUUUCUCAACGGCUGCGUGCCCCUCUCGCAUCAGGUGGCCGGGCACAUGUAUGGGAAGGACAAAGUGGGUAUACUGCAACAUCCAGAUGGCACAGUUUUGAAACAAUUACAGCCACCUCCAAGGGGUCCAAGAGAGCUGGAAUUCUAUAAUAUGGACUUCCAGUUUGUGCUGAAUACAAGCAAUGAUGGGGGCAUCUUCCUUACACUUAACAGAAAUGCUUCUAACAUUUCUCCAUUAAAGUAUGACUUUGUUUAUGCUGCUGAUUGUACUGACAGUGUUUUAUUAGAGCUACGAAAAUAUUUGCCAAAAUAUUAUGGUAUCUGGUCACCUCCCACUGCACCAAAUGAUUUAUACCUAAAACUGGAAGAUGUGACCCAUAAGUUUAAUAAGCCCUGUAUAAUGGAUGUAAAGAUAGGGCGAAAAAGCUAUGAUCCUUUUGCCUCAUCUGAGAAGAUUCAGCAACAGGUCAGCAAGUACCCAUUAAUGGAAGAGAUUGGGUUCUUGGUGCUUGGCAUGAGGGUUUAUCAUGUUCAUUCUGAUAGCUAUGAGACACAAAAUCAGCACUAUGGACGAGGCUUAACAAAAGAAACUCUAAAGGAUGGCAUGUCCAGGUUUUUUCAUAAUGGAUUCUUCUUAAGAAAAGAUGCUGUUGCUGCCAGUAUUCGGAAGAUUGAGAAUAUUCUGCAGUGGUUUGAAAGCCAGAAGCAGCUUAACUUUUAUGCAAGCUCAUUACUGUUUGUUUAUGAAGGUUCAUCUCAGCCAACUACUACAAUAUCAAAUGACAGAACUUUGGCGGAAAAGUUUUUGUCCAAAGGACAAAUCUCAGACACAGACAUACUGGAGUAUAAUAAUAACUUUCAUGUGUUAAGUUCCACAGUGAAUGGAAAAAUAGAGACUUCAGUAGGCAAAAGCUUGUCCAAAGUGUAUUCUCGUCACAGAAAAAUGUAUGCAAAAAAACAUCACAGUCAGACUUCAUUGAAAGUUGAAAAUACAGAGCAAGGCAACGGGUGGAAAAGCAUGUCACAGGAACAUUUAAACGGAAAUGUACUUUCCCAACUGGAAAAAGUUUUCUACCAUCUUCCCACUGGUUGCCAAGAGACUGCAGAAGUAGAAGUACGAAUGAUUGAUUUUGCCCAUGUGUUCCCUAGCAACACAAUAGAUGAGGGAUAUGUUUAUGGGCUGAAGCAUUUAAUUACUGUACUGCAAAGUAUUUUAGAUAAUUAAAUCCUUUGCUGCAGUCUCUUUAAGGGGUGGGGCAUCCAUAAAGAAGAACAGCAGUCAGUAUCUCUGCACUUGUAAUGCUAUGUAAAAAAUUUGUGUGAGUCAACAUUCUAUUCGUCUUUAUACUUUUGGUAGAAGGGUUAACUUUUUUAUAAUCUUACUCAGGAAAACUUAUUUGUUCAUUAGAAAACUAUGAAGAAUAAAGAAACUUAGGAAUGUUAAGCAGGGAAUGUGGUGGUACAUGAUUCAAACAUCUACUUGACUCAAGCAAAAUAUAAACCAUUUAUUCAGUCAUUAAAAGUUUAGCUUUCUGUAGCCAAUUUACCAUGAAAUCUCUGUCCACCCAAUCUUGACAAUGAGCCAUAUCUAAACUCAUUACAUUAUUAGAAUACUUAAAAAAAUAUAGAAAGCACAGGUUGAUGUCUUUCAUAUUGAUGUAUGAAGUUAUUAGAACUGGAGAAAAUUCUACUUUAGAAGUAAGGACUGUUUAGGUAUUAUAUGGAAGUUCAGACUAGCUUAUCAGAAGGUGCUUCUUAGUAAAAUUAUUUAGAAUUAUUUCAUUCCAAAAGCAAGUUUUCCCUUUAAUUUCCAUUUAUAUGCAUAUUUCAAAAUAUUUCAUGAAAAGAUCAUUGAAAUGACUAACAACAACAACAAAAAUCUUGAAAUUCAGGGCACUGAUUAUUAUUUCCAAGGUCAGGUGAAAAGAGAACUUCUUUGCAGGGGACAAAAUAUUUUUAUUUUAAAAAUCUUUUCAUUUAUGAAAAAAUUAGAAUAUAUACUUACUACAUUGUAAAAAGUGUUACGAACCACAAAAUACCUUUUCCUCUAAUUGCAGCUUCCAAAAGGUGGAUAGAUUUAAGCUUUUCUUUUUUUUUCUUCCUUCAUAACUUUUGAGAGUUUUAUCUUCUAAAAUUCAUGAAAUUAUAUAUCCCCAUUUAGUUAAGCAGUAGUAUAAAAUAAAUGUUGCUGAAAUGUGUUUUUCAGAAUUCUAAUAAGCAAAGGACAACAUUCAGUAGUGUAUUAUCAAAAGUAAUAUGUGUAAAUUAGUGCAUCACAUCGAGUUUGGUGCAUAUCUAAAUCCAUGCUUUUAUUUCACUCUUAUAGAACAGUUUUAUAUCAUAUUCAAUAGAAGAAACUAUAGUUUUAUUUUGCAGGGUGGUGUGGGGGGAAUCCAUUUUUCCCGGAAAAAUUAGAUUCUUAAAUAUUAUCUGUGUUUCACAUCCAUUACCUUUAAAAAAAUAACUAGUUAUUUGUUGUUGAAAACAUUUAAAACUUUGAAAUUAAAUUUGUAAAUAUGUUAGAUGUUUAUGUUUUCAUUACUUGCACUUUGAUUCACUAAUAACAUGUCUAAGUAGUAAUAGUUUUGCUGGUAAACGUUUUAGAGUUGUGAAUUAGUAGACUUCCUCCCCUCUGUUUUCCCCUAGAAUUACAAAUUAAAACUUGUAAAUCCAAGUACCUUUUUUUGUUGUGGAGAAAAGUAUCAAUUUUAUGUUUAUUUCACCUUCCCAAACUUUUUCCCAGUGCACUUUGCAUAUAUCUGAGCACAAACAGAAGUACCAAAUGCUCUGUAAAUUCUAUGCUUAGUAAGUCUAUUAAACCUAAAUAACUUUAAAAUUCAUAUGCAUUUUGUUAUAUCAAAAUUUGUUUUUAAUUUUUUAUUUAGAGUCACUGUAAGUAUUUUCCAUUGGGACUUCAUGUUUUUCUGUACUGCCCAAAAAAUCUUUUUUGAGAGGGUGAAUUUCAAGUCAUAAUUAGUAGUCAGAAAUUUUUUAGUUUUACUUUUUUUCUCCUGCAAUCUAGAUUUUUGUUGUUGUUGUUAUUUGGGUAGUGGUUCUGUUGAUCUUAAGUUCAGAUAAUUAAACACUAUUUUGAAACUUAAGAAGCUUUUUUUGUAUGGGAUGUUAUCAGCCUAUGUACAAUGGAUUUAAUAAAUUUAAGUGUUAUCAGACUUUUUGCAUAUUUUAGCUCAAUAAAGUAUGAAUCAACUGUUGUAGAUUUUCUUUAUCCAUAUUUGGACAUACGUUUUCGUAAAAUCAGUGUCUUACCUUUUUGAUACAACAGAUCAUGUUUUUUGUUUUAAUAAAACAAGAAGCGCUUUUUAUCUUUUGUUUUUCAGGGAAGGGAUUAACGUUUAAUUCUGUUUGUUUACAUCUUUUUAUCACUGUUAUACAAUGCCCAUUUUAUCUUACCCGUUUUUUUUUACUUUUUUCUAUCUAGUCCAGUCAGUUAACAUUACACUGAAAUUUACCACUGUGGGGAUGAUCACUAUUCACCAAGCAUAUUUAAACAUGUAAAUGUUUAAGAAAUAAGCAUAAUAAGGAUAUAGUUUGGGUCAAUAGGAUCAUCAUAGGUUUCUUCCCCUAGGAAACAUAAAUAAUGAUUUUGGUGUUUCUUAUGGAAUGCACUCACAAAAGGACUUUAAGAAAUUGUGGACAGUGAAUAACACAUUUCUCUAAUAAAAAUGUAAAUUGUAUAAUAGUUUUAUAGUGUAUUUACAUUAAUAUUUUAAUAUGGAUGAAGUUGCAUAGAUUAAAAUAAAAAUUGACAAAUGCUAAAUAUUUUAUCUAAAUAGUUUUUCAAGAAACAGUUGUGCAAAUGUGUAUAUUAAAUGGCUCUAACAUGGAGCUUGCGGUAUUUUCACCUCAGUAUUCAUUAUUCUUAGUUUUAUGUGUCUGGAAAGAUUGUUACUAGGCCUCUUUACACUACAGUUUGCUAUUCUGGGGCUUUAGAUUGUGUUAAUCUGAGUAACUUUUUUAGUAUAAUUUACAAUUUUAUGAUUUUCAAGAUGCUUGUUAUAUCUCUAUAUAACAACUGAAAAAUUAAUUUUCAGAUAUAUUUCAGUUGCAAUUUUCUUGUUUCACUCAAACGAAAACAUUUGUUUCUAGGCUUUGGAAUAUUGUAGAAGAUGUAGAAUGAAAAAAAACAGUGGAAGAAUUUUAUUUGUGGAAUUACAGAAAUUUUGUCCACUAUUUUUAAAGCAUCAUCAUCAUUUUAGUACUUAGCAGUUUGGCAUUUGAUACUUUAAAACUUGAUUUGCUUUAAGAAUUGCUUACAAUGCUUUGUAAUAAUCUACCUUAUCCAGUGCCUUUAACCUUGAUUUGAUAUAUUUGUAGCCUCAUUUACCCUUCCAUUACAUCCUAUAAUAUUUUCAUAGCCUAGCCAUCGUUUUCUUUUUUAAAAAGUUGUCAGUUUGGUUGUUGACGUAAAGAGGUAGUAGUUGUCUUUUAAUGCUUUGAGAAAACGUGUAGAGUUGCCUGUGGAGGCCAGGCUUUCUCAUUCAGAAAUAUUUACUGUAUGUCAACCAUGUGCUAAGCAUUUUUAACCCCUGAAUAUAUAUCAUGAACCAAUUAGACAAAGCCUUAACCAUUUCCAGCUUCUGCUGGAAUGGGUUUGAGGUUGGGUUGGAGGCUUAAUGAAAAUGGAAAUGAAGAAGAUGCAUUUAAAGAUAGUUACUAUUUGACUUUAUGUAAAGAUAAGGUAAUUAUUGAUUUGAGAUGAAGCAACAAUGUAUUACAUAAAAAAUAAUACUUUGCAGCAUUAUCUCUAUUUGACUUUGAGUUCAAAUAGUAAUUAUGAAUAGCAAAAAAGGCCUUAAUUUUUCACUUUUCUUGGUGGCAAAGGUACGUUUACUUAGACUGUCCAUUUAAAAUAGUAUUUUAACAUAACAUUACUGUGAAAAACAUUCCAUUACAUAUUCACGAGCAAAUUACUGCACAUUUUUAAAGUUGUAUUUUACAGUUUAGUGCAAAUAUUUUAGGCCUUGAUCUUCAGGUCACUGGUAUUUUGAAUUUGGCAAUGAAUAUGAAAUUACUUUUUAACUUACAGAGUGAUUGUAUUGUUACUUAAAAUGCUUGUUAAAGUUCUAGGAAGGAUGGAGUCUCCAUUUUCUUUGGAAUUAAAAUUCUUAUUUUGAUAGUGUCUAGUAAGAGGAAAUAGUAUUCAUGCAACUAAACAAAUACAAAUAAACUCAUAAGAAUUUUUUUAAUUGUUAAAUUUUGCUAUUAUUGGGCCUGGUGUUCACUUACAAUAUAUGUUAACAGAUUUAAUUAUGAAGUGAAAUAGUCUUAAGUAUGAUGUAUAAUGCACCUGCAUAUAAGUGGAAAUGGUGUGCACAAAGACACUUUACUCUGGGGAGCUGUACUGGAAGAUUUAUGACAGCAUGUGAAAUUGUACCUAAAAUUGUGUUAUUAGUGACUAUGCUAAAUCUAUUGUACUUGAAUGAAUGUAUUUAGUCAGAAUUGCUUUGCUUUAAAUGUCUAAACAAUGUCUCUUUUUAAUGUGUUUGUAAUUUGUACUAUGAUGGGGGUAUUCUUGGACUGCAGGGGUUAUUGUCAACAUGUGAUUUGUGUUUUUAUAGAAUCAUCUAAUGUGACAUACUGAUUUUUAUAACUGAUAUUUAGAUAAUUCUAAUAACUGUAUAUUUGACAAACUAUUAAAAUGUUUUGCAUUGGA